AAAUCACUGUAGGGAGACAAGAAGCGUGAUCUUGGACGAUAAAAAGGCGCACAACAUCGUUACAUCGGUCGCCGAGGCAACACUCAGUAAACAACACAAUGGCGGCCAGUGACUCACAUCCAGUCCUUCCCUCCAGCCAGAUGUCCGUGUUUUCUGAUGUGUGUGCCAUGUUCCUUGCAUUUGGGUAAAGCAGUUGGUGGUCUUCUGAUCAGCCAACUGCUCUGUUUGGACCCCCAGCCUGCAGCUCCAUAGCCCUACUACCCCCACUCUCUCCCAUUUAAGAGCUUAAGUACAGCAAGUCUCCUCACCCAUCACUAUGCCCAUCUGUGUCUCGGAUUACACGUGGCGGCAGACACUGGAGAGGGUGACUCUGAUCCUCAACCUGCACCACACCAGCCCCAAGAAGGUGGAUGUGGUCACUACCAGCUCCUACCUGAAGGUGAGCUUCCUGCCUUACAUGUGUGAAGUGUUCCUGUGCCACAUGAUCAAAGUGGACCAGAGCUCAGCGUGCAUCUUGAAGGGCUGCCUGGAACUCACUCUCAUGAAAGCUGUGCCACAGAUGUGGAAGGAGGUGGGCCUGAAGCUCAACAAGGAGGAGAUGGCUCUAAAGAGGCAGGAGGCAAUCAAAGACAUGGAGGAGGAGGAGAAAAGAAAGACCAGCAAAAGAAAAGAGGAAUGCAUCAAGAGAGAGAGGUUUGCUGUGUCACACCAGAUUGAAGUGGAUGACCAGACAAGGGCAGAACGCAGCAGGAUGGUGGAAAAGGAAAAGACAGAGUUUUUCAAGGCAGGAAGCCCUCAUGAAGGCAACAAGCACUUGUCAGGAACACUUCCCAUUCAGAACAUGGGCAAUGGACAGCCAGAGAACCAUAACAAACCUGAGGCUGGCAAGCUGUCGCCUGAGGAACACAAUACUGAGUGUCUGAAGGAAGACCAGGAGGGGCAGACACUGAGGGGGCGAGCCAGCAGCACAUGCUCUGAGGAGGGCACAGAGGCCACCCAGGAGGCUGACUAUGAUGGUGAUGGAGAAGACAGCAUCUACUACUCCUCCACUGAGAACCUUCACCGCAUGGAUCGUGGCGCACGGCGGGACAAGGUGGAGGCGGCAAACCGCAGGCAGAAGAAAUGGAAUGCCAAUCGUAAGGCAACAGCAAGGGAGAAAGAGAGCAAGAAGAGGAGCAGCCCGACUGUGCCUCCUGUGCGGUGUGGUGGCACCAUCAACAUGACCCACACCCAAAGAGUCUUCCCCUCACCUGCCAGGGAAUCAACACACCCUGAGGAGCAGCAGUGGCUGGAGGCUCAGUCAGGUGCAUCACCUGGCCAGCAGGACACAGGAGGCAGCUCAUCACAGCCCAAUGAGGAGCACUUCAAGAAAAAGGCUGUGACUUUGUUUAGCAGUGGUGACUACCAGGGAUGUGCCAACGCCUGCACGGAGGGCCUGAGGCUGAACCCUUCCUCCCCAGCCUUCUACAGCAACCGUGCCGCAGCUCACCUUGCCCUCAGGAACCUCCACCACACUGUGAAGGAUUGCUCCAAGGCACUGGAACUCCUCAUUCCACCCACACAAGACAACAGCAAAUCUCGCCUUUUGUGUCACAUUCGGCGAGGCACAGCUCUAGUCCACCUCUCCUUGCUGUCUGAGGGCUUGGCAGACUACCAGGCAGCACUACAGCUCAGCCCUGAAAACAAGGCACUGAGGAAGGAUGCAGAGAGGAUUCAGAACAUGUUGAUGGCUUCCACAGACUCCAACGAAGACAGUGGCUGUGAAGCAGGAGGGGAGAGAUGUAGAAGCAGCUCCAACAGUCCCUAGCAUGGUUGAGGCAGGUUCUUCUCUCUUUAACUAUGCAGGGGAGAAGGGGUUGUGUUGUGCUGAUAAAGUGGUAAUGUUUGGUGGUUGAGAGAUGGAGGUAAAAAUCUCAAGUUGAAGUGGAGAUAUUUUAUUGUCUGUGGAGCUGUAUUGGGAUUGUGAUUAAUGUUCUUUUAUUACCUUUCCCACCAUCUGUUGCUAUCCACUUCUCAAUAUACUUUUGAGUCUCACUUUCAUAUAUGAUUCUCAAGUUCAACUGUUUUAUAUGCAGUCUCAUUUUUGCCUUCAUCCUCUCUGUUUCUCUCACCAUACAUUGUAGGAAUCCAACAGUGUUUCUCCACACAACCCAUUCUUUUAUCUCAUUUUCCAUGCCUCCAAGAUGAACAAACACGUACCAUCUCCAAUCUUUCCAUGGUAUUCCUAAUUGAUUGUUCUUUAUGAUGCUUCUUUUGCCAUCAGAGUCUUUGCUGGUACCUCGCCAUUGGGAAUUGCUGGACCACUAGUUUCUUUAUUUAGCAGGACCAUUGACCAGUAGUAGGCUCCUGUCUGGUCAUAGCCAUUUCUGUUGUCAUUAUAGAGGUAACAUGCCCCCCAGCUGUCAUUCCCUAUCCUGAUUUGUGAAGAUUGUCACUCCCCAGUCACCUGCAUGAAGGUGGUGAGCUGUGGAAUGUUGAGUUCCUCUGAUUCAUUCUUGGUGGUAAUACAUUCACCCACCUACAUGAUGUGUUGUCAGUCAUUUGUCCAGUAUUAUAUAUAAGUAAUGAAUAAGUAAUCUCAGGCUUCACAUCUGAAAUGGGCACAAUUCUUAGGUUACUAGUUAUCUCUCAUGAAUACUUUGUUAAUCUACUGAGAACCUCUAUUAUGCUGAAUCAUUGAAGGCUGUAAAGCUGUGUAAGCUGUAGUAUUGCCAAAGAGAAGGAGAAUUGUAUCUGGAAUGUUUUUAAAGUUUAGAAGAACUUUGUUGAAAAGAAUAUUGUAAUUGAGCUUUCUGCAGCCAUUCACUCUUGAGACACUUCACUUGCUUCAUUGUGUGCACAUUUCACAGAUAGUAAUAGUAAAUGAGACAGUUGUGUUCAGUGUUUCGUUUGACACUGGUGAAUCAAGGGAUUUUUUUCAACUAUUUUUUUUUGAGCAUUGAUAAGAGAGCAAUGUGAUAACGCAGACAAUAGAAGAAUGAAUGAUAUUGUGAUAAGUGGCUCGUUGCCUAGUGUGGUUUUCCUUGACAUAGUUUUUGUAUGUUUAUAUGUAGGUUAAGAUGAUCUACCUCAUAACUUUUGUACUCCAGACAAGAACCACAUGCUCAGUAGUCAGCAAGGUUGUCCCUGCUGCCAGGACACCCACAUGUACUGCAGUAAAGGUUCCUGGCAGUCAAAGGAACCAUCAAAGGUUCUCUCUGGUCCAAGCAAGCAUUAUGAGGUUGUCUAUGCCAAGACAUUGUGUGCCUAUGUGCUAGUCUGUCCCCCACAUGUUAUCGCAUUCUCAGCAUUAUUUACAGGGUAACUUAUAGACGAACGUGUUAAAAAUGUAUGUACGUACAUAUACAGGAGAGCAGUGACUUAUUGCGUAUAUCAUAUGCCUCUUGAAUCAGCCUGUCGUCUUAGUUGCUGUAGUUCUGAUCUUGAGACUAGUGCUUGGUAGUGUUGCAAAGACAAGUUUUGUGCCAUGUGAAUGCAGCUUAAGAAUACAUAGCCUCAAAUUCUAAUAUGUAUGAGCGUGUAUUAAAGACACUGUGCAAGCGUAAGCAAGCAAGCAUGCACACACACACACACACACACACACACACACACACACACACACACACACACACACACACACACACACACACACACACACACCACAAUACAUCGCAGCUGUUUAUUCCGUAUCACAUUGUCAUCACCAUCAUCAUCAGUAAAACAGUACCCAUUUAUGGAGUGCUUAUAAAUAAUAUGUAUAUGUCCAAGUAUAUAAUAUAUGUAUAUCUAUUGGUGUAGGUGAGUGGCCUGGUCUCAGCGUGGCAGCCUUCCAGAGUCUAGGCCUUGCUGUACACCAGAUGCACAUGUGACAGUGUGGCAAUUUUGGAAAUAUAUCCCAGCCAUCCAGAAGUGAAUGUUCUUUAUGAUAUUCUGAGUUUUUCUUCCUUCAGUACAGGAUAAAGGUUUAAUGAAGUAUAUGUGAUGAAACUGCAGAGACUGGUGUAGUGAAUGACAGGAAGCAGUGGACAGGGAAAGCCUUCAAGCCUGUCUUGUGAUAUAUUCUUGAUAAGCGAUGGUGACCUUUCUUUUGUCUCAUGCAUUCUCAUAUACCAAACCAAACUCUCUGUUGCAGUGUACACAUUUUUUACCAGUUUUUAAGUUAUUGCUUGAAAUUUUUAAGUUGUCCUACAUUUAGAACAUGCAUUCUCUUGCUAUCAGCUAACAAAAAUUAACAGUGUGUGCUUUGAUACGCUGCAGUAUGUUAUCUUAACAGUACGUUUUAACAACAUUGAUUUAAUGAAGCCUGUCAUACUUAAACCAGUGUUCUUUAUUGUGUUCUGAAAAUGUUCAGUGAUUUAAUGAAGCCUGUCAUACUUAAACCAGUGUUCUUUAUUGUGUUCUGAAAAUGUUCAAUUAAGUGUGUACGGUUUUAAGUGUUCAUUGUGGUGAAUUGUAUUUUUUUUUUUUUUUUUCCCAUGAAGCAUAGCUCAUACCUUUCAUUGUACUUAGUUCAUCAAUGUAUGGAUAGGUAAAAGUCUGUACUUGCAGAUCAGGAAAGAGAUCACAAGCAUAUGCAGCUGCAGUGCUUCAUACAGUUAUGCUUUGUGGCCCAGAAGUAACAGCACACAGCAUGGUGAUAGUGCACAGCCUGUGAGUGACUCCUGUCUGUCUUCACCCAGUGGUGUGACCAGUGGCAGUGAGUUCUUGAGUAUGUCAGUGAUCAAAACACUUCCGGACCAAUGGUAAUGAAACUCCUGACAGGUUGUGAUGUUUGUGUUAGGGUGCAGUGUUUCAAGAGAAUUUGCUGCACAUAUUGUGCAAAGAAAGAUACAUAGCUGUUGUUGGUAUUAGUUUAUUGUUUUAUAUAAAAAAAAAAUUAAAAAUGUAUAUAGUAUUAGAACAUACAGUCUCCAUUUUGAAGCAUCACAUUUGAAUUUUUAUGCACUUGAUAAUCAACUAUUUAAUUGCCUUCAAAUCAAAUUAUGUAAAUUAUAUAAAUAGGUGAGUGCUGUGAACAUGUGCAGUGCAGUAUUAUGGUAAUUAAAGCUUUACUUCAGCAUGAA